AUGAGUCUUAAAUCCAUUCGUUUAUGGUUUCGUUUAUUUGUUGCAAAUGAUCUUCCUAUCAUUAUUGUUUUAUUUAUAUGGUUAGCGAUAAAUAUUCUUUUAUUCAUUGGCAACUUUUUUAAUAUUCAUGAUUCUCUAAAAUAUUUUUAUUUACGUUCGUUAAUAUCCGAUGCCUUAAGUGUUGCACGAGCAGCAGCGCUCUGUUUGAAUUUCAAUUGCUUUUUAAUUCUUCUACCUGUCUGUCGAAAUUUACUUUCGUUGAUACGAAAUAUUUUGCCGCAUUGUAUAGCAAAAGCAAGGUUUCGUCGUGUUACAAAACGUCUAUUUGAUCAAAAUAUCGGUUUUCAUCGAUGUGUUGGCUAUGCAAUAUGUUUCUGGUCUAUAAUACAUGUCGGAGCACAUGUUUAUAAUUAUGAACGUUUGAUUGAUGUCAAUAAUGAAUACCAAUCUCUUCCAUCAGCAUUAAAUUUACUUUAUCUUCAGUCGUCCGAGUCUCAAGUCAAUCCCCUCGAUCGAGCAAAUCCAAAUUCAUUAGGUGUUGGAUCAAUGCUGAGUACAACAGCAGGGAUUACCGGAGUCAUACUUUGCAUUUGUUUAAUAAUUAUAUUUAGCUCAUCAACUGCCUUGAUUCGUCGAUCAUUUUAUGAGAUAUUUUGGUUUGCUCAUCAUUUUUUUAUUCUAUUUUUCAUUUGUCUAAUUAUUCACGGUUUACAACGCAUAAUUAAAUCACAAACAAAUGUUAGCGAACAUAAUCCAGAAAUAUGUGCUUCUCUCUACCUUGAAUGGGGUGUCAAUGAACAAUGUCUUAUUUAUCCACGCUUCAGUGGCUCAGAAGCAACGAGUUGGAUGUGGCUCUGUGGUCCACUUGGUCUUUAUGUUCUUGAACGCGUUCUUCGUUUCAUACGUAGUUUACAACGUGUCGAAAUACUUGAUAUCAUUCGACACGACUCGAAUGUUACUGAAAUACGAUUUCGAAAACAAUUCAUGCAGACACCACAACCCGGUCAAUAUAUUUAUUUGAAAUGUUUUUCGAUUGCUCUAUUCGAGUGGCAUCCAUUUACAGUGACAUCAGCUGCUGAAGAUACCUAUGUUAGUGUUCAUGUACGAACUGCAGGAAAUUGGACCAGUGAUUUAGUGAAAAAAUUGGCAAUGUAUCCACAACAGAUACCGAGAUUAGGAGUUGAUGGACCGUAUGGAAGUGCAGCUGAUGAUGUAUUUAAUUAUGAUGGUGUUAUACUAGUUGGCGCUGGUAUUGGUGUAACACCAUAUGCUGCUAUAUUGAAACAUAUUCGUUCGUCGCAAUCGAAUGAUGUUCGUCUUCGUCGUGUUUAUUUCUAUUGGAUAUGUAAUACGACAUCUUGCUAUGAGUGGUUUGCUGAAAUGCUUCAACAAAUCGAGCAUGAUUUUCGAGAUCGGCCUAAUUUUUUAACUUAUCACAUUUAUUUAACGAAAUGGUCAAUGAGAGAAGCUCGAGCUGUUGUACAAAAUAAUAGUGACCAACGAGACAUAUGGACAGGUCUAGAAAGUAAAACAUCUUAUGGACGACCUAAUUUCGCUGCUGAUUUUCAAGGUAUUAUCAAUGAAGAUUGGCAGAUGACACAAAAACGUGAUAUUGGUGUGUUUGUGUGCGGUCCGAAACCGUUGGCAAAAGAACUUCAAUGUUUAUGUAUCAAACUGAACGAUCAUAGUUCACCGAAUAAAGUUCAAUUUUAUUUAAAUAAGGAAAAUUUCUAA